CGCAUCCUCGGACAUCCGUGGCCGAGGGAAUACAUAUAUAUUUAGAGAGGCAGACUACUGUGGAGGGGGGACUGUGAAUCUGGAGCACGAACAGGUGGUGCAACAUCAGUCGAGAACUGGAGAGGAUAGAUAUAUCGGGGGAAGAAGUAACAGAACCGUGGUGGGACGCGUUGUUGAAGAGGCUCAAGAAAUUGGAGUUCCUAAGAUACUUAUACCACGAUAAACGUCCGUGCGCAACAUCACGACAGCACGGUGCUAUUUUCUACGUCAUCGCACCCUAUACAAGGUAUUCUGGACAAUCAAUAUUUAUCGCGUGGAUCGUCGAAAAGAAGCUUCGCCAACGACCUGUGAUCAUGCUCAGCCCAAAGAUGCAAAGAACUGUGAGGGUGAACGACUCGCAGCUCAUCAUGCUCUCGGAAAAAGCUCAUUACGAUCACUCGUUCACUGGAUAUUUGCACAAACGAACCGCCGACUCGGCCAAGUGGCAAUUACGAUGGUUCGUUUUAUAUCAGAAUUUGCUGUUCUACUAUGAAAAUGAAAGCUGUUCGAGACCCAGCGGUGUUGUUUUGUUGGAGGGUUGCUACUGCGAUCGCCUCAUCACCGCCAAAGGCAAAGAGCCAGAUAAACAGCACUGUUUCGCGAUAUCCUAUAGAAGGGAGAAUCAACGAUCAUACGAGCUAAAAGCGGCUACAGAGUCAGACUGCAAAACGUGGAUCGAAGCUAUACGAGAAGCUAGUUUCAACAGAUUGCUGUUGCAAAAGGAGGAGCUCGAGCAGAAGCAUUUGCACCUGUUGCAGAUUGUCGAGUCCGAGAAGACGGCCAAGUGGCAGUACACACAGCAAUGCGAGGAGCUCGCAUCAGAAAUAAAGAAGCUCCGAGGAGAACUGUGCGCCCUGAAGAAAGAGUUAAGGCCUGUAGCUUCGUCGUAUACAGGAAGACCGGGAGUUCAAAGGACCAUGUCCCAAGGCACUGGCAGUUUAUACAUGUCGGGAUCCACUUUUGGAUACGAGGCACAUGGUUCGGGAAUUUCAGCGUUUGGAUUACGAGAUAUCAGCGAAGGCUCGAUCGAGAUGCAGAAAAUUAAAAAGGUUCAAAGUUUCUUCAGGGGUUGGCUGUGCCGCAGGCGUUGGAAGCAGAUCGUCGAGCAGUACAUUAAAAGCCCUCAUGCUGAGAGCAUGCGUAAGCGGAACAGCUUAGUGUUUCAAAUGGUGGAAGCCGAAGAAGAAUAUACGGAACAGAUGGAGAUAUUAGUAAGCUGUUUCUUGAGGCCUUUUAAGAUGGCUGCCAGUUCAAAGAAACCCCCUUGUAGUCACGAGGAUGUGAAUAGCAUAUUUUUGAAUAGCGAAACAGUGUUGUUCCUUCAUCAGAUCUUCCUGAAGGGUCUCACUUCUCGUAUGGAGAGCUGGCCCACUUUAGUUUUAGGCGAUUUGUUCGACAUGUUACUACCAAUGUUGUCAAUUUAUCAAGAAUACGUCAGGAACCACCAUUACAGUCUUCAAGUGUUGACUGAAUGCAAGCAAUCAUCACCUUCGUUCGCUGCAUUGCUCACUAGAUUGGAGAACAAGACUGCUUGCGGAGGACGUUCAUUGGAGACCUUUUUAACGUAUCCUAUGCAUCAGAUUCCAAGAUACAUUAUUACGCUGCACGAAUUAUUGGCCCACACUCCUUACGAUCACGUUGAACGAAAAAGUUUACAAAAUGCGAGGCAACAAUUGGAAUAUUUAUCGAGACAAAUGCACGACGAGGUCAGUGAAACAGAAAAUUUACGAAAAAACUUGGCCGUAGAACGAAUGAUCGUAGAGGGCUGCGAUAUUUUACUCGACGUGAAUCAAGUGUUCGUCAGACAGGGUACGCUCAUCCAAAUCUUAGAUAAACCAAAAGGAGCUCGAAGUAGAUUGAGCGCGACGUUUGGAGGCAAAGGUGGUGGCGAUAAGGAAGCAGUCAGACAGUGCUUUCUCUUUUCCAAUCAUUUGUUACUAACGACGCGUCAAUCGGACGACGAUGGUCGUUUGAAUCUUGUCCCACAAAUAGGAAAAAUACCUCUUUCCGAUGCGGUGUUAGUGGAGGACCCUAACGAACAGAGUACCGCAGAUGACGAUGCUUCUUCGACUUUGGGCCUGCGGCGACAUUCCAAGCAGUGGAUGAUCUGUCUUUUGCAAAACGGCAUCAGCGAGAGCAGCGGAAGUGGUAGCGGAAGUGCCAGUAGUCAACUGCAGAACCGUGACUUCAAAAUCAUACUCGACUUAAAAUCUGGCGGAUCUCAAGUUACCGUACACCUCGUAGCUCCUACUAUUCAGGAGAAAGCUGCUUGGAUAAGCGAUAUCAGCCAGUGUAUGGACAACGUUCAGUUCAACGAUUUAGUUCGAGGCUCGUUGUCGGACACUAGUUCCGUCACGAUGCCUCAAUCCAUCAGGAACGACCCGAAACUGUUCAAGGAUGACGUAGAUAUCAGAUUCAGUAGGACCUUAAAUUCCUGCAAAGUGCCGCAAAUCCGAUCAGCCACUCCUGAACGACUACUUCAACGUCUGACGGAUCUCAGAUUUCUCAGUAUAGAUUUUCUCAAUACGUUUUUGUUAACGUAUCGAGUAUUCACCAGUGGCGUUACCGUACUGGAAGCUCUGAAGAAAGUGUUUUACGAGGCUGAGCCACCCGAUGCCGAGAUGCCUACUGGUUCCCUGGUAUCCUUAGACGUAUUGGGCGGAAACACAGCGGACUCGCAAUUGCACGUGGACGAUAGAAGACGAAGCAGCGUUUCACCACGAAGAACCAGCGGGGCUAGUUCAGUUUCUGGAUACGGAUCGGAAAUAAGCGACAGCCGUGAAGCGAAGAGUCACGGUUCCUGUGACUCUAGCAGCGGCGGAUACACGCUCAAUUCGAAGGGAUAUUGGCGCAGUGGCGGAUAUAAAAAGGUGGACGAGGAGCAGCAACUAGGUUUGAUUUCGGAAGCUCCUUCAAUUAUAAAACGAAGUCCUACUAUACAAUCGUCCACUGCGUCCAUUGGUUCUCAAUCUCCUGCAACACCACGAAAAAUCAGCAUUCGCGUGGACAAAGAAAAGAAAGAAGAAGACGAUGGCUGUCAUUUAACGAUACCAAAGGUCAUUGGUGUUUCGUCCAGCUCUGAGACACUCACGGAUAAUACGGUAAUAAGCGCACCGUCCUCUCCUAGCAAUCUGAGUUCUGUUACGUUGGUUGGGUCAACUGGUUCAGGGUCAGGAUCAGGAUCGGAUCGAAGUCCACAGGAUGGGGUUACUUAUUCGCGUGGCGUCUCCGAAGAAACCGAUACACCUGUAGCAACGGAUCCGCCAAAAGGGGAGGAACAGUUUAUCUACGAGGAUGCCGAGUCUGAAACAUCGAAACAAGCGAAAGAGGAGACACCGACGAAAACUCCUACAACGCCAAAGGCGACAGCCAUCGAAACAACCGAGAACGAAGCAAGCAAACACGAGAAAGAGAAACAGCCCGCGAAAGAAAGUGAAAGCAGCAGUCCAUCGGCUCAGCCGCCGUCUCCUCAACAAAAUCAGCUGAAUCAACAGAGGCAACAUCUACAUCAUAACGAACAUAGAGCAUCCAUCGCCUCUGCUCCUGCGGCUACCGCGAGAAGUAGCUCGAUUUCUACGAUAACUGGAAAUUAUUGGAUGAGCAGGCGAUCGAUUCAAGAAAUCGAAAUGUCUUCCCAACAAGGCAACUUCCAACAUGACCAGGUUUCCAGCAAAGCUGGAGUAGUGAUUACCAGCUUUCGGCAGAGUCAUCGAAGCGUUGGACCUGUACCUAUCUGGAGUAGUACCUCGACGGCUGCAACUGCAUUCGCAAUUGCAACAUCUGCGUCGAGCAACCCCCCGGACAAAGGCAUUGAUGGAAAUAAUCGCAGUGGUUCUUGUCGAGACAAAAACAGGCGCAAGGAGUCGGUCAUGUCAACUGCAGCCACGAUGCGAGUGUUAAACGUUUUGAGGCAUUGGGUCUCGAAACACGCUCAAGACUUCGAGUCCGAUCAGACGUUGAAAAAUCUGACGAUCGAGUUUCUCGAGGAUAUCAUGUACUGCUCGAAUCUUCUUCCGGCUGAACACAAAGCCGCGAGCCAACUUCUUCGAUUGAUCACGAAAGAAGAGCCAGAGAGCAACAAAGUGGAUCUGAAGAAACUGUUGGCAUCUCCCACUGUGCAAACGAAAGAAAGCAUCGAGACGCUAUCAGCGCUUGAAAUCGCAGAGCAAAUGACGUACUUGGAUCACAAGAUCUUCGUGUCUAUUUCAAGCGAGGAAUUUCUUGGACAAGCGUGGAUGAAAACUGACAAGGCUACACGCGCACCGCACAUUCUCUUGAUGACGAAGAGAUUCAACGAAGUGUCGCAGUUGGUCGUCUCCGAGAUUAUCCGACGUUCGAACAUGUCAGCGAGAGUUGCAGCGAUCGAGAAAUGGGCCGCAGUCGCGGAUAUCAGCAGGGUUUUGCACAAUUACAACGGUGUGCUGCAGAUUUGCGCAGCUUUUACAAACAGCAGCGUCUUCAGAUUGAAAAAGACUUGGGAAAAAGUUUCGAAAACGACGAAGCAAACGAUCGAGAGACUACAGAAUAUCGUGUCUUCGGACGGUCGCUUUAGAAACCUACGGGACGCUUUGCAUCGAUGCGAUCCACCUUGCAUUCCUUAUUUAGGAUUAUAUCUGACCGAUCUUUCUUUCAUAGAAGAGGGUACACCAACUAUGACCGAAGAUGGCCUUUUAAACUUUUCCAAAAUGAGAAUGAUUGCCCACGUGAUUCGAGAGAUACGACAUUUCCAGCAGACACCCUACAAGAUCGAACUGAUAACGAAAGUUACGAAUUAUCUGCUGGACCCGUCGUUGAUGCUAAACGAGAAGGAUCUAUAUCGCAUGUCCUUGGAGAUCGAGCCAAGAACAUCCAGGCUAAGUAGUUCAACCUUAAUUAAUCUGCCACCUUCUGUGAGCCAUACAUCCACAAAGUAAUCUUAAGUAUCAAGCCACUUCAAUUAUCGAUACGUAAUUAUCCUUGUCUUAUCCUCGGGCUAUUUUCUAGAUAAUACGGAAAACGUUAACAGAGAGAGAGAGAGAAAAAAAAAGGAAAGAAG